AUGGCGCUGACCGUGAAGAUCGACCGGUUCGGGUUCAAAGGGAGAGAGGCGUUCAUCGACCCGCACGCGACGUUGAGCGUCGUGAACUCGAUAGGGACGCUGGUGGAGGCGAGUCAAGACACGCCGAUCGCGCGCGACCGCGAGGAGACGAGCGAGGGGACGUACGUCGUGUUCGAUCGAAGCGUGCACGUGCAGACGCCGGUGAGCGAGCUCGAGGAGGACGUCGCCAUCUUUCUCGAGUUUAAGCACUACAAACCGAAGAAGAAGAAGACGUCGACCAAGGCGUGGUGCUUCUUCACGCUGAGCGAGCUGGACCCGAGCCUGGACCAGCAGCGGAUCGCCAUGGAGAUUUACGCCAAGCCGACGGAUUUGUCGCGAAGACGGGUGGGGCUGCUGAGCGUGAAGAAGCUGUACGCGCACGUGGAGUGUUUGCUUCGGACGGAGUGA